UAUCGAUUCCAAGAUCUACGAAAAUAAAAAUCGAUAAUCGAUUAGGUUUAUUUAGACACUACUUCGUCCUUAGCUGUCAGAAAUAGAAUUUGUCGUACCUACCUAUAAAUCUGUAAAUUUGUUGGUUAAUUCUUGGUCUUGAGGUUAUGAUGUACACUAUACACUGAUUAAAAUUGUGAAAUAAGAGUCUACUUUAAUAUCUUUAAAUAAAAUUAAUUUUUGAGGUAGUAGGUAAAGUGUACUUGAAAAUAUAGCAUUGUUAAUACCUAAAUAGUGCUAUGUUAUCUUACGAGAACAAGGUUAUCUUAGCACCUAUGGUUCGUAUUGGUACAUUACCCAUGCGACUAUUAGCUCUUCGUUACGGUGCAGAUAUUGUGUUUUCUGAAGAAUUAAUAGACUGGAAAUUUCUACGUUCUAAACGCAGGUAUAAUGAAAUUCUGAAGACAGUAGACUUUGUGGAUCAAACUGAUGGAACUAUAGUUUUUAGAACUUGCUCAGAAGAAAAAGAAAAGGUAGUCCUGCAGCUGGGUACUUGUAAUGCAGAGCGAGCUUUAAAAGUAGCCAAACUCCUGGAAAAUGAUGUUGCUGGAAUUGAUAUCAAUAUGGGAUGUCCUAAAGAAUUUUCUAUAAAAGGUGGUAUGGGUGUAGCUCUUAUGAAGGACUCUGAUAAAGCUUGCUAUAUAUUGAAAACUUUAGUCAGUAAUCUUACAAUACCAGUAACUUGUAAAAUUAGAAUAUUUGAAACACCCGAAAAAACUUUAGAAAUAGUUAAAAAGUUGGUGAACACAGGAAUAAGUGCAAUUGCUAUCCACGGUAGGACAAAGGAUGAAAGACCCCAACAUGCUGUACAUACUGAUAUUAUACAAUAUGUGGCAGAAAGCAUAUCAAUCCCAGUCAUAGCUAACGGAGGUUCUAAAGAAAUAGAAAAAUAUGCUGAUAUAUUUAAGUUCAAAGAUAUGACUGGGUGUAGCAGUGUAAUGCUUGCAAGGGCUGCUGAAUGGAACUGUUCAAUAUUCAGAAAAGAUGGCAUGCUACCUAUUGAUACAGUAAUAAAGGAAUAUCUUAAACUUGCAGUUGAUUAUGAUAAUUCACCAUCAAACUCAAAGUAUUGUAUCCAAAACAUUUUGCGAGAAUUACAAGAAACACCAAGAGGACGAAGAUUUCUUGAAUGUCAAACAUUAGAACAGAUAUGUGCUAUAUGGGAUUUGGAGUGGUAUUGCCAAGAAAAACAAAGUGAAUAUCACAAAAAGGGUAUUCAAGGAAGGUGGCAAGUAUGCCCUGAUGAGUUAGAGCCACCAAACAAAAGGUUUAAAGUUGCAGAAUUAAAUUUAGAGGGGGUAAUUAAAAUGAAGGUGUGCUUUAUUAGGGCAAGUUUUACUGAUACAAAUUUACCAAAAAGCCAAUUACAUGCAUGGGCUGGAAAGAAUGGUUUUAAACUCCCAACUUAUCAUACACAUCAAGUGGAAAAGUUAUUUUGUUCAGUACUCACAUUCAAUGACCAAAAAUACACUUCAACCUUUUGGGAGAAAAAUAAAAAAUUUGCAGAGCAAGGAGCAGCGUUAGUUGCAUUGUUUCAUUUAGGAGUGAUAAGUGAAGAAAAUUUAAUUAAAUAUGGAAGCAUAAUAAAAUGAAAAACCAAUAUUUUAUAGUUUAUUUUAGUGAGUAAAAACAAAUUAUAAGAUUAAAUAUUUUUAGAAGUUUGUCAAAAAUUAUAACAGGAGCACUUUCACACUGUUGUUGACAUUUUCAUUGCAGGCUACUGCCAUAGCUGGGAAUUGUGUGUGGGCCAAACAAUAUAUUAUAAUGUUCUAAAACUGUUAUCAGUCAUCAAAAAGUACCGUAAGUUAGCACUCACAAAUUGAGACAAGUUUUAAUUACUUUUAACUCCCAGUCUUGAUCAUCUUUAUAAGGUGG